UGUCUGAUGUUUUCUACAGAAUGGACAGCAAAUUGUGGAUGAACCAAUGGGAGAAGAUGAUAUCAACCCACAAACUGAAGAAGAAACUAUCAAAGAAAUUGCAAUAACUCAUCAUGUAAAGGAAGGACAUGAGAAAGCAGAUCCUUCACAAUUUGAACUUCUGAAAGUGCUAGGGCAAGGAUCCUUUGGGAAGGUAUUUCUUGUCAAAAAAAUCUCAGGAUCAGAUGCUAGACAGCUUUAUGCAAUGAAGGUAUUAAAAAAGGCCACCUUGAAAGUUCGAGAUCGAGUUCGAACAAAAAUGGAGCGUGAUAUCCUAGUUGAAGUUAAUCAUCCUUUUAUUGUCAAGCUACAUUAUGCUUUUCAAACAGAAGGAAAACUGUAUCUUAUUUUGGAUUUUCUCAGGGGAGGAGACUUGUUUACACGGUUAUCCAAAGAGGUGAUGUUCACAGAAGAUGAUGUUAAAUUUUACCUGGCGGAAUUAGCACUUGCUUUAGACCAUCUACAUAGUCUUGGAAUAAUAUACAGGGACCUGAAACCAGAAAACAUACUGCUUGAUGAAGAAGGACAUAUCAAAUUGACAGGAUUUUGCUUAAGCAAAGAGUCAAUUGAUCAUGAAAAAAAAGCCUACUCUUUCUGUGGGACAGUGGAAUAUAUGGCACCAGAAGUUGUUAAUCGACGAGGCCAUACACAGAGUGCGGACUGGUGGUCUUUUGGUGUUUUAAUGUUUGAAAUGCUCACUGGUACUCUACCUUUCCAAGGGAAAGACAGAAAAGAAACCAUGACUAUGAUUCUCAAGGCCAAACUUGGAAUGCCCCAGUUUUUGAGUCCUGAAGCACAGAGUCUUCUCAGAAUGCUCUUCAAAAGAAACCCAGCAAACAGAUUAGGAGCGGGUCCAGAUGGAGUUGAAGAAAUUAAGAGACAUCCAUUUUUUUCAAAAAUAGACUGGAAUAAAUUGUACAGGAGAGAAAUUCAUCCCCCUUUUAAACCUGCAACUGGCAGACCUGAAGAUACAUUUUAUUUUGAUCCUGAGUUUACAGCAAAAACUCCAAAAGAUUCACCUGGUAUCCCACCCAGUGCUAAUGCACAUCAACUUUUUCGGGGAUUUAGUUUUGUAGCUAUUGCAUCAGAUGAUGAAAGCCAAGCAAUGCAGACAGUUGGAGUUCAUUCAAUUGUCCAGUUGCACAGGAACAGCAUUCAAUUUACUGAUGGAUAUGAAGUGAAGGAAGAUAUCGGAGUUGGGUCUUACUCUGUUUGCAAGAGAUGUAUUCAUAAAGCUUCAAACAUGGAAUAUGCUGUAAAGAUCAUUGACAAGAGUAAAAGAGACCCAACAGAGGAAAUCGAAAUCCUACUGCGCUAUGGGCAGCAUCCGAAUAUUAUUACCCUAAAAGAUGUGUAUGAUGAUGGAAAAUAUGUAUAUGUAGUAACGGAACUUAUGAAAGGAGGAGAACUGCUGGAUAAAAUUCUUAGGCAAAAGUUUUUCUCCGAGCGGGAAGCUAGUGCUGUCUUGUUCACAAUAACAAAAACUGUUGAGUACCUCCAUACACAAGGGGUUGUUCACAGAGACCUGAAACCUAGCAAUAUUCUUUAUGUGGAUGAAUCUGGUAAUCCAGAAUCGAUUCGAAUUUGUGAUUUUGGCUUUGCAAAACAACUGCGAGCAGAAAAUGGUCUUCUGAUGACUCCAUGUUAUACAGCAAAUUUUGUUGCACCAGAGGUUUUAAAGAGGCAAGGUUAUGAUGCUGCAUGUGACAUAUGGAGCCUCGGUGUUCUACUUUAUACCAUGCUUACUGGCUACACUCCUUUUGCAAAUGGCCCCGAUGAUACCCCAGAGGAGAUUUUGGCCCGAAUAGGGAGUGGAAAGUUCUCUCUCAGCGGUGGUUAUUGGAAUACAGUUUCAGAAACAGCUAAGGACCUCGUUUCAAAAAUGCUUCACGUUGACCCACAUCAAAGACUGACUGCAGCCCAAGUGCUUAGUCACACCUGGAUAGUUCACUGUGACCAGUUGCCUCAAUACCAGCUGAACAGGCAGGAUGCUCCCCACUUGGUAAAGGGUGCAAUGGCAGCAACCUACUCUGCUUUGAAUCGCAAUCAGUCACCGGUUCUGGAGCCAGUCGGCCGUUCCACUCUUGCUCAGAGGAGAGGUAUAAAAAAAAUUACCUCAACAGCCCUGUGAAGUGACCUCAGCCAGAUAUUUGGUACCAUGGCAUAAGAUGAUAGCACAAAUCAUGGCGACAGGUAGCACAUAUCUGACAGAUACCUGCAAGCACACUCUGUCCCAGCUGGUACCUAUAAUGCUGCUGCUCCUGCUGCUGCUACUGCUUUCAUCUAUUCUCGCUUUAAACUGUUGAUGGCAACUUACUGAUCUGACUGGAGCUGCAGGCGGAGUGAUGAUGAGUGGAAACACAAUGAAACUAUCGCGUUCACGAGCGAAUAAACCAGAAGAAUUACGAACACCACCUCUGUCAAAAAUACACUGAAUAAAGCACUCUGCACCACAUAGCAUUAUUUUUAUAAGGAAUAUUUUUUGUCCCCUAAGAUAUUCUUUGUUACAGGUAGAGAUGGACAGUUUAUGUUAAGCACUUAGCUUAAACAAUCUGUUUAUAUUAGCACUAUAUACUUUGUGCCAUCCAACAUUUUGUAUGUUUUUGUAAACAGUUCAUAAGCAGUACAUUUCUGUGCUGUUUUCUUUAAUGUAUACAUGCCUUGUUUUACUUAGAUUUUAUUAAUCAUUUUGACAAUUAAGUCUGAUUAAACCGUUCACCUGGGUUAAUCAGUAUUGUUGGACAGCUCUAAAAGAAGCCUGACUGUUAAACAGCUAUUGAAUGUAAUACUAUGAAUAUGUAUUUCUCCUUGCCUGUGUCUUUUCUACAUUUCCAUGUUUUUGAAUUUGCAUGUCAGGUUAUGAAAAUCAGAAUACUGUUUGUAGUAUUCAAAAUUUAAACAGUGGGUCUCUCCAUACUACAUAUACAUAGAUAAUAUAACCCAAAGGAAAAAUAAUUUGCUCCAUAUCUCACUGUCUUUUGCCCCUUCUCUCUUCCCUUUUAUUCUCUCCCAUCUAAUCUCUGGACUCAGGAAUCACUGCUAAGUACUGUCUGAUAGAGGACAUUUCUGUAUUGUUUAUUCUUAUAUAAUCCAUUGUUAAUAUUUUAUCUUUGUUCUGACUUUUAUUGUAUGCUGCGAAGGAUUUGUUCAGUGAAUGUUGGCAUAAUAGAAGAAAGGCAGUGUUGAAGAUAAAGCAAAACAUAAUGUCCAGUAAUAAGCAGAAGCUAG